GUAAUAAAUUAGCGCGUUUAGGUGGAAAUAAAGGAGGUUCCAGGAAGCAAGUGUGUCCAGACUCCACUCCAGUGUCCACAGACACGUAGAGAGGAAGCAAGCAGACCAAGUCCAAGUCCAAGUCCUCUCUCCACUCUCGUCAAUAUUUUUCUUCCGUCCCGUCAUCUGAUCGAAAUUCGAUUGGCUAAUCACAUUCAACAAUGAACUUCAUCACAACCCUCUUCUUCUGCGUCUUACCUCUCUUCUAUGCACCAUUCCAAGGAUGCUAUUCAGCAGCCACUCCGCCCGGGGAUCACACCUCCUCCGUCGUCCUUCCAGUCACCGGAAAUGUUUAUCCUACCGGAUACUAUCAUGCGACAUUGAGCAUAGGAAAUCCACCAAAAUCAUAUUUUUUAGAUAUAGACACAGGCAGUGAUCUGACUUGGCUUCAAUGUGAUGCACCUUGCACCAAAUGCACCCCGGCACCUCACAAGCCUUAUAAGCCUAACAAGGAACUCGUGGAAUGUAUGGAUCCACUUUGCGAAUCUGUUCAUUGGCCGGAAACACACCAAUGUCAAUCUCCUAAAGAGCAGUGUGACUACACCGUUCAAUACGCGGAUGAUGGAUCGUCUAUUGGUGUGUUGGUUAAAGACUCCUUUUCCUUACAAUACAUCAAUGGAACCGUAGCCAAAUCCGUUCUAGCAUUCGGAUGCGGUUACAAUCAGGAAGUUCCGGCCUCGAUGGAUCCGCCUUACACGGACGGAAUCCUUGGUUUGGGUUUAGGCAAAGCGAGCAUCUUACAUCAACUGAGGGAACUUGGUGUUACAAGAAGUGUUGUGGGUCAUUGUCUUAGUGCAAAAGGAGGAGGAUAUCUUUUUUUUGGUGAUCAACUUGUCCCUUCUUCAGGGGUUGUUUGGACACCCAUGUCCACAACCGAAAUAGAAAAACACUACUCUUUGGGAACUGCUGAGCUCUUUUUGGGUGGAAAAACAACUAGGAUGAAAGGUCUUCCUAUAGUGUUUGAUAGUGGAAGUACCUACACUUACUUUAGUGGAGAAGCUUAUAAAGCUCUAUAUUCCAUGCUUAUGAACGAUAUGAAAGGAAAGAAGGUUUAUAUAACAAAUGAAGAUAAAAGCCUCCCAGUAUGUUGGAAAGGGUCAAAACCUUUCAAGUCAAUUUAUGAUGUCAAAAACUUAUUUGAGCCAAUAAUUUUGAAGUUUAAAAAGUCAAAGUUGCAGUUGAACCCUGAAUCAUAUCUCAUCAUCAGUAAAAACGGAAACGCCUGCUUUGGGAUUUUAAACGGUUCAGAAGUUGGCCUGGGAAACAUUAAUGUAAUUGGAGACAUAUCAUUUCAAGACAAAAUCAUCAUUUAUGACAAUGAGAAACAGCAGAUCGGAUGGACUCCUGCAAACUGCAACAGGCUCCCAAACAUGGAUGAUGAUGAUGAUGGUGAUGGAGAACCAGAUAGUGCAAGCCUUUGCAAGCCCUACGGGUCCAACUUGGGCAUUUUACCACCCUAUUGUACUGCAAAGUGACAUGACACCUAGUUAGUUGGUUUGAUUCAUAAAUAAAGAGAGCUUCCAGAUUCCGGACCUAAGUGCAAUUAUUAUAUAUAUUAUAUAUUAUAUAUAUUUAGCCAG